UAACAAUUCGUUAUAAUCCUAGAUUAUCAUGAGUUUAAGUUUUUUUGAUUGCUUGCUUAGUCUGUCAGGGAAGAUAUUAAUGUUUCAGGUGAAUAUAGAAAUCACAGGACUCUUCACUAUGGCGUUUCAGACUUUAGUUUCAGACAACAGUCCGCGCGGGAAAAGCGUCCAAAGAAGACGUGUGGCUCACGCUUUUACGUCCGAUAAAAUGAAUUCUACGUAAAGUAGAAUCAUCAAUAAAUAACAUAUAUCAAUAUUAAAUGUAUAAAAUCCAGUGAUGGACGUCCACUUUCUUCGUCAAAAUGAAACAGUGGAAGACUUUUAUAAUCGCUGCAAUAAUUUGUCGAACUUCGACUGCAGCGAAGAAGAAUUGUUAUGGUGGAUUAUGGGGUCGCGGCGGCUGCCAUUAAAAGAAAUUAUUCCUAUCAGUAUAGUGCUUGUAGUUAUAUUUUUAACUGGUGUGAUCGGCAAUGUUUGUUUAUGCGUGGUAAUUAUACGCAACCCCGGGUUACACACUGCCACAAAUUACUAUCUAUUCAGUUUGGCUGUGAGCGAUCUUCUUUUGCUAUCUUUUGGUCUACCAAACGAUCUUACAGUCUACUGGCAUCAGUAUCCAUAUAGCCUGGGGAUUGUUUUCUGCAAGCUACGAGCAUUGAUUUCAGAAGCAGCAACAUACGUCUCUGUACUGACUAUAUCUGCGUUCACCCUGGAGCGGUAUUUGGCAAUAUGUCAUCCCCUACAUUUGUAUGCCAUGGCUGGGUUGACGAGAGCUUCACGGAUUAUUCUGGCUAUUUGGGUCGUGGCCUUUGUCUGUGCUUCUCCCUUCGCUGUGUAUUCAGACAUCAGUUACAGGGAUUAUCCACCUAACUCCGGCAACAUUUCAUUGGAUUCUGCCUUCUGUGUUCUAAUGGCAUCCUCCCCACUGUUGGAAUUGAGCAGUAUAUUUUUCUUCUUCCUACCGGCCAUCUUUAUUCUCAGCUUAUACGUGACUAUGGGUUGUCAUAUCAGAUCAACACGCAUCAAUAAGAAAACGAAAGAUAUUCUCCAAGGCCAAAUCCACGGAGAGACCCGUCAAGCGAAGUCAAGAAAAGCUAUUAUCAGAAUGUUAGUGGCAGUGGUUAUUGCGUUCUUCGUAUGUUGGUGUCCAUUCCACAUACAACGCCUCUUCUAUAUCUACGGUUACAACUUAGCUCAGUUCCACGUAAUCAAUGAACAUCUGUUCAACGUCGCAGGCGCUUUGUACUACGUGUCCGCCACUGUCAACCCGAUACUCUAUAAUGUUAUGAGUGCAAGGUACCGUCUGGCAUUCAAGGAGACACUUUUUUGUCGUAAGAUGUCUCGAAGAGGUCCGGGUUUCGAUCAAUCUAGACGAGAGACUACAAUCUCUAGUCUGACAAAGGGAAAAUCAAGCUUUAAUCGAGACACCCGUCUCGGUAAGAUAGAUUUCGUGAAGAAUGACCAUGGGCCUUUCUGUAUUGAAACAAAAAUCGACGAAGAAGUAAUAAUUUGUUAUUCCAAUGAUAAUAAACCGAUGCCAAAUAGCGAUCUUGAUGUUAUAGAUCAUAAUUAAAUCUGAUUCUCAAAGGUGAAACAUAAAGAUUUUUUUAUGUGUUGUGUAAAAAGCAAACAAGAUAGUACAUCAUUUAUGAUCUCUUAGAGGUACCUAAUUUUUGAAAAAUAAAAUUACAGUGAAAUGGAAAUACAACCUUAAAAUAUACAUUUUGAACGUAGUUCAUAUCAAUCUAAAUAGUUAUAAGUAAGUUAUAACUAUGUUUUAUCAAUUGUAUAAGUAUUAAUGUGGAUGUUCAAAUAAUAUCAUUGAUGUUUAAUAGUAAUACAAUCUCUAUGUGAUUUGUAACUAGAAAAUAUAUAAUGUCGAGAUUGUUGGCUGGGCAUGGUUAUUUUUGUCGUGCAUUUCAUGGUCAUACCAUUUGUCCAGCAAAUCUUUGACGUUUAAUCUGAUGGAAUUUUAAAUUUAAGAACCCCCUUAUUCAUAAUAACUGGAUAAAUAUAAUUGUUUAAAUUAAAGUACUCUAUGGUCUCUUUUUGUCAAAUUGUUUACGCUGUGCUGAUAAGAUACAGAUGCGUACUAUAUUUAAAACGUGUACGUAACGUACUAUAUAUACUAACGUACUAUAGUUAAAAAUGUUAGCAUGAAUAGGGGGCGGUAAGUCGUUUUGGUGUUUAGGAGGUAAUUUUUAAAAACUAAUAAACAGAACUAUGUAAGGGAUGGCAUAAUCGAUAAAUGCCAGAUCAUAACAAUUCUUAAUAGAGUUUCUAAUUUUCUCCUUAUCACCAUCCUUCACUUGCUACAGAUAAUACAAGAGUUCCUAUGGCCUAUUCCCGUGCAGAAGUUUGAAUAGCACCUGAGGUCGCUAGAUCCUAGCUCAUUUUUAUACUCAUUAUAUACAGUGUUUAAACAUACAUGUUUUAAUAAUAAAUAAAACGUUAUAUAUUAAGGUAUAUUAUCCAUUAGAUAUUCGUAUUCGUAAGGUGUAAUUGUUCUCAGUAUACUUGACUCAAUUGCUCGUUAUUACUUCAAAGAAAAUUUGUAAAUUGUUUUUUAUUCUGUCAUCAAAGUUUAAUAUUAAAUUCAGAUGU